AUGUCCAAACCCAUCGUUCUCCAUCUCGGCGACGACAUUAAAUGGAACCAUGAUCUCUACAAGACCUUUACAUCUCACUUUGAGAUCAAGCGCUCGCACAGCAUGUCCCGCCCAGACUUCAUCAACGCCCUCAAGCAAAAAGCAUUUGGUGAUUUCUUCGCUAUCUACAGACCUUUCUGGAACACAGGCGGUGAGAUGGGCAAUUGGGAUGAUGAAUUGAUCUCUCUUCUUCCCGCGUCGUGUAAGAUUUAUGCUAGCGCGGGAGCUGGCUUUGACUGGGUUGAUACAGCUGCACUUGCAAAGCGAGGCAUCACUUAUUGCAACGCAGCAGCAGCUUGCACAGAAUCCGUAGCAGACGCAGCAAUAUGGCUCAUCAUCUCCGUCUUCCGCAACCUCAGCUGGUCCAGCACAGCAGCCCGCUCAGGCGACAAGGACAAAUUCAUCGACGCCAACAAGAAUCUCGCCCCCGUGUCCCGCAACCCCAGCGGCUUCACCCUCGGAAUAAUUGGAUUCGGUCGCAUUGGGCGCCGCAUCGCUGAAAAAGCGUAUAAAGCACUUGACAUGAAGAUUAUUUACAACGACAUUGCCCAAAUGCCCUCAUCCCUCGAGGAACCCCUCAACGCGGAGUUUAAAUCAUCAGAUGCUCUCCUCGCUGAAGCAGACUGCGUCGUCGUCGCUACACCCUUCGCCGGCGAAACACUACUUAACAAAGCUGGUUUAUCAAGAAUGAAGCGUGGUGCAAAACUAGUUAAUAUUGCGCGCGGAAAACUCAUUAAUGAAGCGGAUCUCGUUGAAGCGCUUUCUAGCGGUCAUUUAUCAGGUGCUGGUCUAGACGUCUUUGAGAAUGAACCGUACAUCAGCCCUGAGCUGUUAAAGAUGAAGAAUGUGGAGUUGUUGUCGCACAAUGCGGGUGCGAGUUUGGAUUCGCAUAUUGGGUUUGAAAAGUUGGGGAUGGAGAAUAUCAUGGAGUUUUGGAAGACGGGUAAGGCGAUAUCGCCGGUUAAUGCUCAUUUGAUCAAGCAGAGCAAGUUUGGCGGAAACGUCAGAGCGUAUAUCUCAGGACUGGACUCUGACGGCACAGUCGUCUUCAUCGGCGCGAGUGGAAACCUUGUGUAUCCUAAAUCAGGAGGAUCGAAAGUCCCUGUUGAGAUUAAGGAUAACAUCGCUAUUCCUCUCCCGGCACAGGGUCAGACUCUAGAGUUUACUGUUCCUAUCUCCAUGAGCUCUGGCCGAGUGUAUUUCGCGAAUGAAGAUCUUCAUUUCUUUGUCGUUGAUAUUGGAACUGGCGAUGGUCUAGUCCAGCCUUCUGUUACGAAUCUGCAAGAUCCUAGUGCAGGUGUAGACUGGGGUUUUGUGGAAUUCACCUACACGAAUGGGGUUCUGUACGCCAACAUCAGUUAUGUCGACUUUGUGGGCAUUCCUCUUGGCAUGGGUCUUUCUCUUAAGGAUGGAAGUACUCAAUCGUGCGCUGGACUCGAGUCUGGUGCUGUGAGUAAGAUCUGCGAUGAUCUUGUUAAGCAGAAAGAUAAGGAUGGGAGAGCUUGGACCUUUAUGUGCAUUGCGAAUGCGCAGGGUAAACCAGUCCGUGUGCUUUCGCCUGGAAAUCAGUAUGAUCUUGAACCGAUCACCUUUGGGGAUUACUGGGAUACUUAUGUCAAUGAUGUGUGGAAUAAAUACUCCUCACAAGACCUCAUCAUCAACACGCAGUCUGAAGCAGGCAAUGUCAAGUGCCGCGUCACAGGAGACCAACUCACUUGCGACGGCGACAACAGAGGAUAUGGCAAGCCCAACACCAAAGACAUCUGGGGGUGUAACAGUGGUCCUUUCACAGUGAUGGAAGGCGAUAAUGCAGUUCACGCAGCGGUUGUUCCUCGUCUCUGCGCUGCGUUUGUUCGAACUACACUUCUUGUUGACGGAGGCGAUACACAGCCCAAGUUGGGACAGGAAUCGUACUACAAGAAUGAUCCUACGAGCCAUUAUAGUCGGAUUGUACAUUCUUAUGAGGUCGAUGGCAAGGGAUAUGCGUUUCCGUAUGAUGAUGUCAAUCCGGACGGGAAUGAGAAUGCUUCUGGUGUUGUUUCAGGUGAGCCGGAGACUUUGACGAUUUUUGUUGGCGGGCCUUCUGCAUAG